GCAGUAAUUUAACUUUCUUAACUAUUAUGCCGUUUGUAGAAUAUUUCAAAAACGAUAUUUUGUGUGCUUUAUCAGCUCUUGAGGAAAAAGAUUUUAACACGCAAGAAAGUCGCGACUAUCUUGUGUCUGUCUUAACACAACUUAUAAAUUCCACAAGCGAUUUAGAAACCAACAAGUUUGUUCUUACUUCGCUUUUGUUUAAAAUAUGGCAACAACAUAAAUGUUAUGCAGAUCAAUUGGACUAUAAUAUUCUUAAAGUAAAUUAUGAAUUGAGUACAGGCCUUUAUUUAGAAUUGAUAGAAAAGUUAAAUAUGGAAAACGAAUUCAGAAAAUUAUUAUAUUCAAUUCCACAGCUGACAGUUCAAAGAGUUGUUGAGAAUGUAAUAUAUUCAAAUCCAUCAUAUGGUUUUAGAAUUGUUUAUGAUCCAGCUUUAAAUGUGUGCAAUAGUCAUAAUGGCCAAAAUAGAUCAGAAUUGAUUUCAAGCUUAUUGCAAAUGAUUGUAGAAUACGAUAACGUGAUUAAAACAAAUGAUCAACUUCUUGUUGAAUUGUUUCAAUCUACCGCAAGACACGUUGAAAGCCAUUUGAACUCCAAUUCGCCCCUGCGUCGAAAACCUGUUGCUUCACAAAAUUCAGAAAUUAUUCCGAAUAAUGUGGAAAUGAACUAUUUUUUUUCGACUUUUUAUUAUCCUGAUUUAAAUUUCCAAGCAAAGUCGCAUCUAAAGCGCGCUUAUCAAACGGUUAAAUCAAAAAGCACACAAUUCGAAAAUACUUCAAAGUCAAUUGAAAGUUUAUAUGCAAAUUCACAACGAACUCCUAGAGAUAAUAAACAUCUCUAUCAAUUGCUAUGCAUAUUUGACUAUCUUGCGUUCGUCGUUUGUAAGGAUGAACAACAAGCUUAUCAAAUCAAUCCUUUAAUGAAAUUGGCAAUGCGCCGAGUAAUCUUGCGGCUCAAAGAAGCAGAUAUAAUCAGCACUUUAAGUUCACUUAAUAAGAUAUAUUCCAAUGAAAACAAAUCAAUUGACAAUCUCCUAGAAUAUAUUGAUUCUGAACCACAAAAAACGCCUUCGAAUUUGGAGUUUCGAUCAAAAAGGAUAGUUCAACGUUUGCGAGAAGAUAAAUCAGAAUAUCAAAAUGUAACUUUCCUGAAAGUAUCUUUUCGUAUGAAUUCAACAAGUGAUGAACCUUUAAAUAAGCAUGAAGAGGCAUUUAUCACGAUUUGUCAUUCUUUGCGACAAAAUCUUGAUUACGACAUAUCAUUUGCCAAUCGGAUCGAUGGUUCUGAGUUGACUUUCAAAUUAAGCAUGAUAUUAGAGAGUUUAACAAAGAAAGAUCUGUCCAAUUAUUGUCAUUGGGUGGUAAAUUCUAUUAGAUUCCGGCGUCUUGGAUCUGUGUCUUUUUUAAAAUUAAUGUUGCAAUAUAUAGAUCUAUUUGACGACUUAAACAUAAAUGAAGAUAUGUUUAGUGAGUUGAUAGUUGAAUAUGGAUUCCAACGAGAAUUAUAUCAGAGUAUCAAAAGACUCAUUAAAAAUUCUGGCGGCAAAACUGUACCUAAAAUCAAAACUGGCAUGAAUCUAUUCCUUAAAUCAUUUUCUCUAUUAUCACGCCACACAAAAUGUCUAUUUCGUGAUUUUAUGUUAUCUGACAGGCCUCCUGAUACGAACAUUAAAGCACCUACUUUCGAUAAUUGGUCAGUAUGGCCGUUUGAAUAUAAUCAACGACUUACUACGCUCUGCAAUCAAAUAGUUUUUACAGCAGAAAUAAACAGCCAAAUGAACGAUGAUAAGUCGAAGUUAAUAAUUAAAAACAAGGAGGAAUGUAUUAGAUCUAGUGAUAUAGACGCUCUUAUUGAAUUAUCAAUGGUUGCAUCUUAUUUUAUGCUUGACAGAUUAUUAGAGGACUGUAUACAUAAUAAGGGCGAAGGAAUAUUAAUUCUUGAUAUUUUACGUGAAAUUGGAUCAUUAUGUUGGUUCCGCCAAACCUCAAAAUCUCCAGCUUUGAUGAUUAAAGUAAUUCAAUACAAAUUAUCUUCACUUGAUGGAGGAACUUUGUGUUUUAACUUACAAGAACAAAAAAACUUGAUCGAUUUUCUUAUGCUUGCGAUGACGGGCAAUACCACCAAGAAACCUGUGGAGUUAACUCUUAUUGAUAUAGGAGAAUGGAACAAUAAUAACAUUCUAAUUGAUGUCAGAGAAUAUAUCAAGUAUUGUGUGAUGCCUUACUUAAAGAGCUCAAACUUGAUUGGAAGGAAAAUUACUUUGUCUAUAUCACUUGAUAUUCUUAAUGCCCUUUUAUUUCAACUAACUCCAAUGUUACCACCAGCUGAUGUAAGUUGGUUAAUGAGGUCAAAUCCCUUUUCAUUAUUGAAAUCUAUUGUAACGUUAUUCAAUCGGCGUAAAGAAAUGUUUUCCUUAGUAAUAAACAAGAUAGAUAAUAUAUAUAUAGUGUCUAAAAAAUUGAUAGAAAUAUUGGCGGGGUGUAUUUCAUCUCUUCCAGAAGAUUAUGUUCAAUAUAAUAUUCACAAUUCAGAUACCUAUUCGGUUCGUCAGUUUUAUGACGAAUCCCAGGAAUUUGAUUGGACUACACAACUUUUUCUCCGGAACUUAUUUGAAAUGUGUGAAGACCGAUUAGGAUUAAAGAUAGGGAAACCUAUUAUACCUGCAGUGCUUUUUUCCUUUUGUGAUUUAUCCAAAGAAGAAUUUGUGAUAAUUGAGGAUAAUGAAAAUAUGUCAGAACAAACAACAGAAUUUAAACAAACGAUGGUGUUUUUAGAAGGUUGCAGAGUGUCGAAUGAUUGGUGCAAAAAAUUUAGUUUAGCUCUAAACAAGUCACAAGCUAUUACAAAGCCAUCUUUACGUAAUCUUUUCCGAACAACCGCACCUCUUGCAUUCUGUUACAUACUUGCAAACAGUGUUGAAGAGGAAACUUUAUGUUUGUUGAAUGAGCUAUUAAGAGAAUUGUUUUUUUACGGUUGUCUGUCAGCCGCUGAAUUGUUAAUGAUUGAUGAUAAUGAUAAUGAAUUAAAUGAAUUGGCUACUGCUGACCUAGCAUUUGAUGAACGGAUAUCAUUAUGUUGUUUAAGAUUUUCAUUUAUUAAUAUCUUAGAAUCAUUACACUUUCUCAAGGAACAGCAAGAAAAAAGUAAUAAUUCAUUGGAGUAUGAACAACAAUUUUCAUCAUACAGGGUUGUUACCGAUUUCCGUAUUAUACAAAAUAUUAUCAAAGUAACUAAGGAAUUCUUUAUAACACCUAAUUCUACGCUGAAUUAUUUGAUUGUAUUAUUCUAUACUAUAACUCAAGCGCUUCCUCUGUUAUCUUUUUCAUUCAAAGCUGAAGAAAGUUUAUAUAUCUUUUUAUUAUUUAUUGUGGAUCAGAUUGAUAAUGCGCGUAUAAUAACAAUUCAAGAAGAGAAAUCAUCAACAGGAAUCGUGGUUGGUAAUACUGAUAAUGGAUCUUCCAGCAACCAAAAAAGUCGCAAAAAGAAAAAAAAAACAGAGAAACAUCAAAAAGGUAAUCAAGAAUUGGAGCAACAAUUAGAACAAUUAACAAGAGAAAUAGAUACAACAGCAAUAAAAGCAGAUGAAGUAUAUAUAGAAGCAAAUACUAAAAGAAAUCAAACCGUUAGGUCAGUAACCAUUGAAUAUUCUCAAUGGCAAGAAAAACUGUUAGCCAAAGGUUCUAAUAAAAUAAAAAAUAAUGAAUUGGGAUGGAGAUUCACAGUAGCAAAUGCAUUGAAAAUUCGAGAUGAACUUAUUGAUCAUGGUAAAUAAUGAUUGGUAUUUUAUAAAAGUUUAAAUAGUAAUUUUUACAAGAUAGGUAUUUAAUGUAAUGAAUCAAAAAAUUGCUGUAUUUGAUAUUUAUCUACAAUAAA